CGAACUUCGCUGUAGUAACUAUCAUGAUCCAUAUCGACUGCUGCCUUCAGCAUGGACCCUGAGAGGGCCAUUUUCGAUCCUCUUGGUUACUCUCGUUAUCAAUUGUGACUCAUUUUCAUCAUGGCUUUCAAAAUCACCAAGAUGCCGCUCAUUCAGGGCCCCAAAUUGAGCUCCUCGAAGCUCUUCAGCUACGCCCGAUCCUUUUCUACCUCUGAGAUUCUGCGAGCACGAAUCAGGGACACGAUGAUCCCCAAUACAAGUAUCAGAGUGUUCCGCGAGAUUCCUGCGCUUCGUCAAUGGCGUCGCAAACAACUUCUCGACUACCGAUCCGUUGGUCUUGUGCCCACCAUGGGAGCCCUGCACGAAGGCCAUUUGUCGCUCAUUCGUAUCGCAGCCAAAGAGAAUUCGUCUGUUGUUGUCAGUAUCUACGUCAAUCCGACUCAAUUCGGUGUUCACGAGGAUCUGGAUAGCUAUCCUAAGACAUGGGAGAAAGAUGUGGAGAUGCUCAAAGAUCUUGAUAGAGAGCUUGCCGCUGAUGGUGGGAAUCUGGGCAAGAUUGCUGCCGUUUUUGCGCCGACGACGAACGAGAUGUAUCCGAGUGGACGACCUAGCCAGGAAAUCGAUGGCAAAGGAAGUUUCAUCACAAUUACACCCGUUGGAGAAGUCUUAGAGGGUGCAAGUAGACCUACUUUCUUUCGAGGAGUAGCUACUGUUUGCAUGAAGUUAUUCAACAUUGUCACACCGGAAAAGGUCUAUUUUGGACAGAAAGAUGUUCAGCAGACAGUUGUCAUCAAGAAAAUGGUCAAGGAUUUCUGCUUGGAUACACAAGUGGUUGUUGGAAACACAAAGAGGGAACCAGAUGGAUUGGCAUUGAGCUCGAGAAAUGUUUAUCUCGGUGCAAGGAGAAGGAAUGUUGCUACCAUCCUCUCGAAAGUCUUGAGAACAGCCCAGACUGGAUAUCUUCGAGGGAAGCGGUCGAGAGAAGAACUUCUGGGACCUGCAAACGAGUUGGCCAAGUUGUUAUUGAAGGAGCAAUUCCAGCUGAAGCCUGAAGAGCGAGUUCAGUUCGAAAUGGAUUAUGUCUCUUUGGCAGAUCCAGAGACCAUGCAAGAAGUCGAUGAAGUUGACGAGGCGAGAGGAGCAAUCCUGAGUGGAGCUGUCAAAAUGCUCCCUGUCGAAUCACCACAACCUGGAGAAGAUCUAGGCUUAGCUGGUGGCCCACCAGUGAGGUUGAUUGACAACAUCAUCCUCAAACCUGUUACGAAAUAAUUUUGUACAUACCCAUUUGGAUAGGAAAACAUGCAUGAGAAACUACGAGUC